GGGGCGCGGAGCAUCUUGGCUGCGGUGUUUUUGUCUCUGUCAGUGAGCGCUCCUGGGCCGAGGCGGCUGAAAGGGUUUCCAGAGGACAGGUGCUGACUGUAAGAGUGCAAGAAAAGGAAGGGAGAGCAAGGAUCCUGGGGAGGAGAGAUCCCGUCCUUGCAGCGCACGCAGCUGGCGAGUGUUGGUGGAUGUUUGAAUAACAGCCACAGGCUCACGAUGGCUCAGGUGCUGCAUAUGGAGCCCGGCUUCCCAGGGAAGCUCAACCCGCCCGCAACUCCUUCCCUGCACGGCAAAGAGCAGGAGGCCUACUCAGUGGAGACCCCCUAUGGCUACCGUCUGGACCUAGACUUCCUCAAAUAUGUUAACGACAUAGAGAAGGGAAACACUAUCAAGAAGGUACCCGUCCACCGCCGACCACGCUAUGGCUCCCUGCCCCGUGGCUAUGGCUACACCGGCUCCUGGUGGACCUCCACAGAGUCUCUGUGCUCCAACACCAGCAUGGACAGCAGACACUCCUCCUUCUCCUACUGCGCCCCGGGAUACCACACAUCCCAGAGGCCCAACUUCAGCACCGCCCGGGUGGAGAAGACCCUUAUGGAUGCACGCAGGAAGCUGGAGGAGGAGAAAGAGGGGCGGAGAUUCUCCAACCUGGGAAGCAUGCACAGCAGCGUAGCAGGCUCCAACACCUCCAUCAGCAGUGCACACAGCUACAACAGAGCCCAUGGUGGAGGGGGAUCCUUCACCCCGAUGAGUUCUGGCCUGUCCACCCCAGUGACCCCCACACCAGCGCACCUGCAGCACGUCAGGGAGCAGAUGGCUGCGGCUCUCAGGAAGAUCAAGGAGCUGGAGGAGCAGGUGAAGACCAUCCCAGUGCUGCAGGUCAAAAUCUCCGUGCUGCAGGAGGAGAAACGGCAGCUCAGCGUCCAGCUGAAGAGCCAGAAGUUCCUGGGUCACACUCUGAGUUUCAACCGAGGCCGCCCCAGAGGAGAGCUCUACAUCGACAUCCCUGAAGAAGAUGUGAGCGCGGGGGCUAAGAGCAGCAACCAGCCAGCAGGGCCACUGUCCCCCACCUCACCCGAGGGCUCCAAGCUUCAAGACUCAGGAUGUGAGAUUGAGGAUACAGUGAUUGUGAGUGGAGCUCGACCGAAUGCAAAGCGGGAAGUGCGCACCAUCGCAGUGGGACCAGAGGAGUUGAGGGGCAGCAGUGAGUUGGGAGUCGGGGUUCGGGAGGAGGAUCUGGGGCUGCUACCAGAGACCCAGGCUCUUAGGAAUAAAGUGGGUCAGCUGGAGGGCCAGCUAAAGAGGACGGUGCAGGAACUGCAGGAGGCGCGGCAGCAGGCCGCAGCAGUCCAGAGGGGCCCUCAGGCAGAGCACCCAGUUAUGGCUACCAGCGUGGGCUGGCAGGAGCCUCAGGGCUGCAGCCUGCACACCCUGGUCAGCUUCACCCAGCCCCCCCAACAGAGGGAACAGAGGACUGUGGGAAUCCAGGUGUACACACUGGAGCAGCCCACUGUGGUGGAGGUGGGCACGCUGAUGCGAGCGGAGAUCUGCAGCUCCCCCUCCCCUCAAGCAGCUGCUGGAGCCGUGGAGGGCCAACACAGAGGACAAGCUGAAGAGGCUCCAGUUGAGUUGCCGAUUGCCGUCAGCUCCAAGCAGGUGCGCGAUGUCCUGAAGAGCGAGCUCUCCACCUCGGUACCGGUAGCGAGUCCUGCCAUCGCUGUCAGCACGGCCGGGGAUCAGAUUGGUUUGAUGCAUUCAAAAGAAGAAGAGACACACCAGCAUACAUCCAAAGAGGCUGCCGAGUCCCACGAGGACCCUCAGACAGCCUCAUCUCCCCAGUCUUCUCUGAGGUCUAUUAUGAAGCGCAAAGCAGAAGGUGAACCGGGAUCUCCCACCACGAAGAAGAACCUGCAGUUCAUUGGAGUCAAUGGAGGCUACGAGUCCACGUCCUCAGACGAUAGCAGCAGCGAGAGCUCAGAUGAGGCGAGUGACUCCAGCGAAUAUCAUGAAGCACGAGAAAAACUCACAGAGUCAGCGGCCCAGCACCAGCUAAUAACCAACAGCCAGGCUUCCCCGCCUUCAGAAAGCAACAGAGUACCUCAUCAGACUGCUGUCGUACUGCCAGCCAUCAUUCCAGACUCACAGCAGAGUCUCAAAGAUUCAGCAACAGCCGACAUAAAGCUGCCGGUCAAACCCCCGCGGUCACCAGCGAUAAACACUACUCUAAUUCCUCCAAGUCCACAGAAUGAUGCUGCCUCUAAAGACACUGUCAACCAAUCAUCAGACACACUCACAGUCACGCAGGAGUUCUCCUCCACAUCAUCAAGCACUGAAACCACUCCCGAACAAAGCUCCUCAGUUACCUCUUCUUCAUCGCUGUGUGUCACUAAAACCACUGAGAUCACCCAACAGCAAUACACCGUCCAAUCAGAGACAACCGUCCUCUCCAGCCAAUCGGAGCCAACGCCAGCAGCGGAAAGCCACGUAAAAGACACUGCCACAGUACCUGCCAAGCAAGUCAGAUUGGAUCUGAGUGACAGCCUGAUGUCAGCUCUUCAUGCCCUGCAGAAAGCCCUGGGGGAGCCCAAUGCCUUCAGCCAACAAGGAGCAAGGGCGGCCUACACCAGCGUGCUGCAGGAGUGGCUGCGCGUGUCCUGUCACAAAGCGGCGGACACAGCUGUUGUCAAAGCCUAUAUGAACACCUUCGCCUCAGUCUCCCCUCAGCUGCUGGAGUUUGUAAUCAACAUGGCAGAUGGUAACGGGAAUACAGCGCUUCACUACACCGUCUCCCACUCCAACUUCCCCGUGGUGAAGCUGCUGCUGGAAACUGGACUGUGUAAUGCUGACAAGCAGAACAAGGCGGGCUACACAGCCAUCAUGCUGACAGCCCUGGCUGCCUUCCACUCUGACAAUGACCUUCAAACCGUCCUGCAGCUGCUGCGCACGGGGGACGUCAACGCCAAGGCCAGCCAGGCCGGUCAGACGGCGCUGAUGCUGGCAGUCAGCCACGGUCGCGGGGACAUGGUGAGGGCGCUGCUGUCCUGCGGCGCUCAGGUCAACAUCCGUGAUGACGACGGCUCCACAGCGCUCAUGUGUGCCUGCGAACACGGUCACGUUGACAUUGUGCGCCAGCUACUGUCUAUUCAAGGCUGUGAUGCCACUCUCACUGACAAUGACGGCAGCACUGCUCUGUCCAUCGCCCUGGAGGCCAGUCAGAAUGACAUUGCUGUGCUCCUGUAUGCUCACCUCAACUUUGCAAAGCCCCCUUCCCCUGUUUCACCAAGGUGUCCUCUCUUGGGUUCCUCUCCUCCUGCUGGUGAAGCAAAAUAAACCCUGCUCCAGCCAGUCCACAGUAACUACUCAUAUUACAGCGUGAUUUAUUUUCCUCAUCUGUGUUAUUCAGAGAAACAAUGAGUUUGUGUUUGUUUUCACCCUCCAUAAUUUAAAUACUUUAUAAUGUGCAGAUAAUUACAUGACAGCUUGCACCAUUCUAAUCUAAAAACGGAACAUCUAGCACAGGGCUAUUCAAUUGGCGGCCCGCGGGCCAAAUCCGGCCCCGGGGUGAUAUUUACUCUCCUUUUGAGAAUAAUGUUAAAAAGUAAUCUACUUUUUCUAGAUUUUUUAAAGAUUGCUUUUUGGGCCAGAGUGCCUUUAUUCCAGAGAGGGUGUUACAUUGAGAGAUAGAGAGGAAGACAUUGCCUGAAAACUUUGGCGGGCUCGGGUUUCGAACCCACCUACUAGCUACUGUAGUGACAACUCCUGUCAUUGAUUGCAUCUCUGCGUGAAUGAUUAGAUCAUUUCACCUAAAUUAAAUCAAAUGAAAUGAUGUUGAUGGUUAAAUUAGCUUCACAUGUAGGCCUACUGAGUUCUGAACUUGCCAUUUAGAUCUAUAAAGGCCUUGGGGCUAUGUUGUUUGAUUUAAUUAAACACAAUAUACGCACUCCACUAUUUACUGUAUCUGAAGCUCUUAAUAUGAUUGCUCAUAUUUCAAGCCAUCUUUUUCCCGGCCCCUUGCUUUGGAUCAUUUUCAUCAACCGGCCCCCGUUCCAAACUAAUUGAAUAGCCCUGAUCUAGCAGCUUCAUGGACACUGUCAGCACUGUUUUUAGUCAAAGUCAAAGAUGUUCACUAAAUUGCAUCAUAUAUAAUUAUACACUUGUUGUUUUAAUCCAUAUGAAUCUCAUAUUAGUUGCUUUUAUAGAGUGAUGUGUUUUCAUUGUUAUGUGUACAAUAGCUCUUACACAGUAGCAUCAUUAUGUGUGUGACCAUCGAUCAUUUGGAAUGACAGAAGCCACUCCUCUCACGGAUAAGUGUCCUUGCUUAAAGUAGCUCGUUGAUGCUACAACAAUCUAUUACAGUGAACACCACUUCAACAGUUGACCAAUAUUUAUACACAGGAUUUAUUCACUCCAGAGUAUUUUUGAUAUUGAUUUUUUUUUUUAAAUGUUGACUUAAUUCAGGAUCUUCAAGGAUCACCAUUUUUUAUUUCCACAGCAAUUGUUUCCUUAAAACACCUUUUCAAACAAUACAUAAAACUACAGUUAAUGUGUCGACCACCCAGAUUAAACCCAAAGAUGUCUCUCUCUGUGUUGCUGUGUGUUGUGGUGAUAAAAAUGAACACAGUGUGAAGGAAGGAAGAGGUAAAUAUUAUUCUCUAAAGGCUACGGUACUUUGGUCUUUGUGUUUUAAAGUGAUGGUAUUUUGGAUGUUAGUAACGAAGGGUUAGAGUGUAUCUGUGUGAUAUUCUGUGCUCAUAAGAGUAAACACAAUUAUAUUGAGAAAGGACUGAAAGCACUGGUGUAGUCACCUCCGCUCUGCAUGGUUAGAUUUUUCAGGGAACCAGAAAGUGACUGAUUGGGGUCUUUAAAGGAAGUGCCGUGUAAGAUGUGAAUAUCAAAAUAAUAUAUGUUGAUAUAGAGUGGUAGUUAUUAUGCCUAAAAUCAAAUUACUUAAAUUAGAGUACAUAGGCUAUUGAUGUCAAAUUUCUAUUACUUUUUAAAUACUUUUUUCACAAUUUUCAUAUUCACUUUCAAGCAAUUGAACUUUUAUAAACUUCAAUUUUUUUUAUUUAAGUAUCUUUUUUAUACUUUUAGAAUUUUUAAGCUCACACCUAUUUUAUGUAAUCGCACAGCUCUUUAGUUUAUGUUUUUAUGAAGGUUUAUGUAAAAUGUUAGACUGUUACUCCACUUCUAAUUUGUGCUUUUUGGAAAAACAAUGAAUUAAUAAACGUGGACCACACUGUU